GCGCAGCCGGGCGCGGGCCAGGCGGAGGCGGCGCGGCGCGGCGCGGAACGGCGGCAGCAGCUCGGUCCCCGGCGCAGUCCGGCGAGGAACGCGGCAGUAGAGGCUGGACGCCUGCGUGGCGCUGGAGCAAUCCCAUUGUGCCUGGCUCGCUCCCAUGAGCUCUUCCUGGAAGUGAGGUGGUGCCGUCCUGAACAUCGGCCCGGCAGCUGCGGCCUGGGGUUUUGGAGUGAUCACGAAUGGGCAAAGUGUUUGGGCUCCUGGGACAAAGCUGUCAGUCAAACCUGGCUGAGUCUCAGUGGUCCCCAGCAGAUCCUGUUGGAAAGAAGGAAGCAGACAGCAACAUGAAGAGGAAGGGAGAGCAGCCCGGAGCACGUCCUGGGGCCUGGGAAUACCCUCAUGGCCUGGUUGGUUUACACAACAUUGGACAGACCUGCUGCCUUAACUCCUUAAUUCAGGUGUUUGUGAUGAACGUGGACUUCACCAGGAUAUUGAAGAGGAUCACAGUGCCCAGGGGAGCUGACGAGCAGAGGAGAAGUGUCCCUUUCCAGCUGCUUCUGCUGUUGGAGAAGAUGCAGGACAGCCGGCAGAAAGCAGUGUGGCCCCUGGAGCUGGCCUACUGCCUGCAGAAGUACAACGUGCCCCGUAAGACACAACAGAUGAAUACAGUACUUGAGGUGGGAAAUGCCAACGCUGCCUCUUCCCUGUUCUCUUGGGUGGGGCAGGAGGACGCCCUGCACUGCUUCUUCCAGCCCAGGGAGUUAUCGAGCAAAAGCACGUGCUUCUGUGACAACUGUGGGAAGAAGACUCGUGGGAAACAGGUACUGAUUCGUACAGAUAUUGCAUUUUACAAAGUCCCGCACAAGGUCCGCACAUGGAAACGGGAUAACUGGAGCCUGCACUGUGGGUGUGGUGCCGUCGUGUUUGUGUGGUGGGUGAAGUGUCUCGUGCCCGUCUCUUUCCAGCCUGGAGGGCAGUAUGAGCUCUUCGCUGUGGUUGCGCACGUGGGAAUGGCGGACUCCGGUCAUUACUGUGCCUACAUCCGGAAUGCUGUGGACGGAAAAUCGUUCUGCUUCAAUGACUCCAAUAUUUGCUCGGUGUCCUGGGAAGACAUCCAGUGUACCUACGGAAAUCCUAACUACCACUGGUAAGAAACGUACUUGGAUAAUGGGAGCCCGAUGAGCUCAUAUAGGGUCCUUGGAGCUGCAUGAAAUGCCCGUUGAUCCCCCUGUGAUUGACAUGCUGAUGGCUCACGGUCCGCCUCAUCUUCAGCACUCACCCUGCUCCCCGACUUGUCUCACACGUCACACUCCAGGAAUAUUAAAGCAAAGAUCACAACUGUUUUUUUAAAUGUUAUUUUUGGAGAUGGGGUCUUGCUUUGUUGCCCAGGCUGGAGCACUGUGCU